UUCGCCACACCUACUAGGCGGCUACGUGACGCGUCACUGCGCUUACGUACGGCCCUGACAUCACAGUCUCGCGUGAUGAGACUUGUAGCGUCGGGAUUUUCCGUAAGACAGGAAUCAAGGAUCUUGCAAUUAACAGCUUUGCGGGACAUAUGCAGCAAUUGGAUCUCUUCAACUCACAAUGGACAAGAUUCUGGAAGGAUUGGUGACCUCCUCGCAUCCCUUAAAUCUGAAAAAAGUCAUAGUAAGGAAAGUUGUGGAAUCGGCUGAAAAUUCAAUAAAUGAAGAACAAUGCAAGGCCAUGUUCAGCCUGACUACUCGGUUAAUCUUGGAAGGACAGGAUCCCUUUCAGAAACAAGUUGGACACCAGGUGUUGGAAGCCUAUGCCAGAUACCAUCGGUCUGAAUUUGAGAAUUAUUUCAACAGGAACUUUGUUUUGAGCCUUUUGCAGGAAGGAUACAGAUCGUUGGAGCGCAAGGAUGUUGCUAUAUUAGAUUAUAUCCAUAAUGGACUCAAACUGAUUAUGAGCUGCCCCUCAAUUCUAGAUAUAUUUUCAGUCCUACAGGUAGAAGUGCUGAGAAUAGUCUGUGAAAGACCAGAGCCAUUAGUAGCUGCAAGGUUAAGCGAACUGCUCACUGACUUUGUGCAGUGCAUCCCCAAAGGGAAAAUGUCCAUUGCAUUCUGCCAGCAACUCGUAAGGACAAUUGGACAUUUUCACUGUAUAUCAACCUAUGAAAAGGAGCUGCGUGAAUAUGUUUCUCAAGUUACCAAAGUUAGUAAUUUGCUUCAAAAUAUCUGGAAGGUGGAGCCAUGUACUUUACUUCCAUCAUUGCAAGAGGUUUUUGCAAUUAUUUCUUCCACAGAUGCUUCAUUUGAGCCAUCUGUUUCUCUAGCCAGCCUUGUUCAGCACAUUCCCUUACAGCUGAUCACUGUCCUCAUCAGGAGUUUAACCACUGACCCCAACGUGAAAGAUGCAAGUAUGACUCAGGCUCUCUGCAGGAUGAUUGACUGGUUAUCCUGGCCCCUUGCUCAGCAUGUUGAGACCUGGGUGAUUGCUCUGCUUAAAGGGCUAGCAGCCGUACAAAAGUUUACUAUCCUUAUAGAUGUUACUUUACAGAAAAUUGAACUGGUAUUUCAUAGACUGUGGUUUCCUCUGGUAAGGCCUGGUGCUUUGGCUGUCCUCUCCCACAUGUUGCUUAGCUUUCAGCAUUCUCCUGAGGCUUUCCAUAUGGUUGUUCCUCAUGUUGUAAGUCUGGUCCAGUCCUUCAAAAAUGACGGUCUCCCAGCAAGUACAGCAUUCCUAUCUCAGUUUGCUGAACUGAUGCACUGUAUGAUUUAUCAUUAUUCUGGAUUUCCAGACCUUUAUGAGCCUAUUUUGGAAGCACUUAAGGAGCUGCCAAAACCCUCUGAAGAAAAAAUUAAACUUACGCUAAAUCAAAGCGCUUGGACUUCUCAAUCAAGUACUUUGGCAUCUUUACCCAGAUUGUCAGGAAAAUCAGAAACUGGGAAAACUGGGCUCAUUAACCUGGGGAACACGUGUUACAUGAACAGCGUUUUACAGGCACUCUUUAUGGCUACCGAUUUCAGGAGGCAAGUGUUAUCAUUAAACCUGAAUGGUACCCACUCCUUGAUGAAAACACUACAACACCUUUUUGCUUUCCUGGCUCACACUCAGAGAGAAGCUUAUGCACCUCAGAUAUUUUUUGAUGCUUCACGACCACCAUGGUUCACACCACGAUCCCAGCAAGACUGUUCUGAAUAUCUCAGGUUUCUUUUGGACAGACUGGAUGAAGAAGAAAAAACCAUCAAAGCUCUUUGCUCCAAACUGCCUUCAGAUGCUCCAGUUCCAGACGGCACUGUUGAAGAGUCUUCAGCUUCAGUCCCAGAUGACAUUUCUAAUCACUAUUGCACAAAAGAGAGCAAGGGCUGUGGCAAUAAAGAAAAAACUUUAAUAGAAAAUAUGUUUGGAGGAAAGCUGCAAACGAAUAUUUGUUGUUUGAACUGCAGAAGUACUUCAAAGAAAAGGGAAGCUUUUACUGACCUUUCCCUAGCUUUUUGUCCUACCUUAGUUGACAAAGCUGUACCGAGUACCUUAGGCUCCCCAAAGCAAAAAGAUGACGACUGCAUAGAAAUUGAUAUUACUCCUUCUGUUGAAGCUCCAUCUACACAUGUUCCUGCAACAGAAGAUCUUACUGUGGGGCCAGUGAAAGACCAAUCUGAAUGUGAAGACGUGAAAACGAAUGACAGUUGUGCUUUGGAGAACCCCACUUGUGCAAAUGUUGUCGAUUCUGAGAACAUGUCAACCCAAAACAAUAGAAGAGAGAGAACGCUUUCCGUUACAGACUUGCUGAACUAUUUUCUGGCUCCUGAGAUCCUUGAUGGUGAUAAUCAGUAUUAUUGUGAAAAGUGUGCUUCCCUUCAGAACGCUGAAAAGACUAUGCAAAUCAUGGAAGAGCCUGAAUACCUCAUCUUAACACUACUACGAUUUUCAUAUGAUCCAAAGUGUCAUGUGAGGCGUAAGAUCAUGGAUAAUGUAUCAAUCCCUCUGGUGCUGGAAUUGCCCGUAGAAAGAACUACCUCUUCAACCUCACCAGAGGACUGGACAAUAGAAACUGACGUCCCUGAUGUUAGUGAGAACCUUGCUAAAAAGCUGAAGCCCUCAAAUACAGAGGAACUGUGCUGUUCACGACUAGUACCCUAUGUUUUAAGUUCUGUUGUGGUACAUUCUGGCACAUCAUCCGAAAGUGGCCAUUAUUAUUCAUAUGCCAGAAAUGUUACGAGCACAGAAAGAUGUCUUUAUGCUGAGAAAUCCUGCUAUUUUCACGGUCAGUUGGUAGAAAGAGAAACUGGCAGCUCAGUUAUGACACACAAUGACACGCAAUGCAAUGAUAUCUCCAAGGAUUGGUUUCUCUUUAAUGACAGCAGGGUAACGUUUACAUCUUUCCAGUCUGUUUUGAAUAUCACCAGUAGGUUUCCAAAGGACACUGCAUAUGUGCUUAUUUAUAGAAAGCAUAACUUUGGCAAUUUAAAUCACAUCCAGUCUAGUUCAGCUAAUGGACUCUGGGUAAAUGGUGAACCGCCACUUCAGAAGGAGCUCAUGGAUGCUAUAACAAAAGAUAAUCUUCUGUACUUACAGGAGCAAGAACUUAAUGCCCGCGCCCGCGCUCUGCAAAACACUUCGGCCUCCUGCUCCUUUCGACCGAAUGGAUUUGAUGACAAUGACCCUCCAGGAAGCUGUGGCCCCAGUGGAGGUGGUGGAGAUGGAGGAUUUAGUACCCUCGGUAGACUUGUCUUUUAAAUGAGGCGUUGAGAUUCAUUUAUUCAUUUUUUUUCCCGAAGAAUUGUGGAAAAAUGCACUGAAGUCAACUCAAUGGCCACGUUGUAUAGCUUAAAGUUUGGAAUUUUUACUCUGUCAUGGAUACCCUGUAUCUGUGAACUGGUUAGGCAGCUUAAUUUAUUUCCUACAGAUAAUCAUUAAUGAUUGACACCGAUCAAUACAUUGUUGUCAUAUCCCUAAAAGGGGUUACAGAAAAGCUGCAGUAUAUUCCUACUAUAAAUGCAGACAACUGGAUCCUACUGUAUCCCAGUCGGAUCCGUUUUUUAAUUUACUAUGUGGACAGGUACGUAUCUAUUAUAUUGAACGACUGGUUUUUGGGAUUUUUUUUUCCUCCUUCUUUAAAAGUUGAAAGCUUUAUGGUGCAUUUUAUACCGAAAGCAAUAAUUUACACCUUUGUCUGCAUUUUUGUUUUCCAUCAGGGUAGUUCCUUAAAAUCUUACUAGUAAACAUAUCAGAGGAUUUGUGUGUGUAUAUACAUUUAUCAAAUGACUUUUAAGGGCGUUGCAUGUUCUGCUAAAAGCUAUACCCCCCUCCCCAUUGUUUUAACCAUAAGAAAACUUUAUAGUAUUUCUAUUACCAGAAUUUCUUUUACAAACUUCUACUUCAGGGAAUACAUCUGCUGUGUGACAGAGGGAAAGUAAUUUAUGUGCCUUGCAGUACUGUAAAUGAAGAAUCCAUUGGCUUGUAGAGUAUCAUGGGUUCUGUUCUACAUUGUCAACAUUACAACUUACAUUUUUUGUUUAAAGUAAACCAGUGGUUCUGUC